AUGGAGGCCAGGUUGACAUUCCAUUCCAUCGUGUUGUUUAAGCCAGCUGUUCAUUAUCAUGCUGUUGCCAAUACUCCAUCAGAUGAGUUUCCGGAAUCUGGUAGCUGCCGCGGCCGGAUCAGGAGGCCAAUGGGCCUCACUUCAACCAAAUAUAGGCAUACCAGCCAUGCACAUGCAGCUCCUCCACUUCGACAAAUGGAUUGUACGGCACAUUCCGUUGAGUACGACGUUGUUAAAAACAUCGUCCGUCCUCUCACGGUCCUAACCGAUGUCUGGUGCUCUUCCGGUUCCGUCAUGCCAAACGGAACAUUCUACCAUACUGGCGGAAACGGUGGCGGCGGAAACGUCGUUAGGGUUCUCAACCCCUGCAGUUCCGGGGGAUUAUGUGAUUGGAAUGAAAGACCUAAUGCCUUGUUGGCUGCGAGAUGGUAUGCAUCCAACCAUGUUUUACCUGAUAAGAGACAAAUAAUCAUAGGUGGUCGUGGGCAAUUCAAUUACGAGUUUUACCCCAAGAAUUCACUUACAAAUAAACUAUUUGCCCUCCCUUUUUUAAGCCAGACGAAUGAUCCUGGAGCAGAAAACAAUUUGUACCCACUGGUGAUCCAAAAUGUUGAUGGGAAUUUGUUCUUUUUUGCUAACAACCGAGCAAUCUUGUUCAAUUACAAAACCGGGUCGGUCUUGAAGACGUACCCGACACUCCCUGAUCGUAACCCGAGGUCAUAUCCGAGUACGGGUUCGGGUGCGUUGAACACGUGUGGUCGGAUGAUCAUAACCGACCCGAACCCACAAUGGGUCAUGGAGACCAUGCCUUUGGCUAGGGUUAUGGGUGACAUGCAACUAUUACCCGAUGGCAAUGUUGUGAUAAUCAACAGGGCAACCCGUGGAACCGCCGGGUGGGAACUCAGACAAGACCCGAUCGAGAAUGUAUCAUUCCACUGCGAUUCUAUUCGUGAUGGCCGGGUCCUUGUCGUGGUAGUAGCUCGCAUGGAGGGUUUGAGCUUGGAACCCUUCUCGCCGUCCUAUUUGGAUCCGGAUUUUGACUUUUUGCAACCACGAAUUGUUUCACCAAAGUCGCAAUCCGGGAUCAAGUAUGGAAGAAGUUUCAACAUUCGUUUCACGGUCAACGGAACGGUGAAUACUAAUUUGGUUAAGAUAACAAUGGUUUCACCUUCUUUUACUACACAUUCAAUGUCCAUGAAUCACAGAUUACUGGAGCUCAGUAUUACACAAAGCGCCAGAUUUAUUGGAAAGUCAACAUAUAAUAUAACCGUGAGCCCGCCGAGCACCACCAAUCUAGCGCUUCUGGGAUACUAUAUGCUCUUUGUUGUGCACCAGGAUAUUCCUAGUGGUGGCAUUUGGGUUCGAUUGCAGUAA